AUGAUCUGUCUGAAAUCACCGCAUACGAGCUUCAAGCCCAAGUGGCUCAAGUGGCCCAACGUGGCACAACCAAGCACGGGCGCGAGCAAUCCGCCCGGUUCGUGCAGCUUCCAGGGCUCAGAACGCACAAUGUCAAAGACGUGUCGCAACGAGGGCACUAAGCGUCCCUUGCUUUCAGAACGACUCGAGGCUGCUGCUCAGGCCUGCAUCUCCGCUGUUCUCGCAUGCUUGAGCGGACUCUACCGCAUUGAAUGCAACGCACUGUUCCGGCGCCCCUGUAGCCCAGCCUGCGUCGAGGCACGUGCACUGCCGAAAGCUGCUGCAUUGUCUACAACAUGA